AUGGUCAGCAAGUCCGGCACAGUCCACCCGGGGUCCAUCUCCGCCCGCGUCCGCAAGGCGGCCAAGGACAUGGAGAAUCUUCUCGCAGGGUCGCUCUGCAACGAGCCCAAGGACGCAAAGGAGCACAUCGAGUACGACUGCGUCAUGGUCAACCCCCUGAUACACCCGGACGGCGAGUCGGAGCCAAUGCACAUGAAGUCGGAGCCGACACUCACCGAGGCCAUCGACAAGCUGGCCGAGAAGGGCCAGCUCAUCAGCUGGAAGAUCCACAAGGAGGACCCGGAGCCCGCCAUCGCCGAGGUCGACAUGAUGGGCGUCCAGAUAAUCUACCGCGUCACGGUCAUCAAGUCCGACAACGGUAGUACUGACCUCGAUCCGGAUGAGAUGGACAAGGUGGAGGCGUGGUGCACGAGCACCUGGAGGCAGCUUGCUGGGGGAAAUUGGAAGCUUGUUGCGCAGUUGUUUGUUCCGAUUUAA